GUAAGAGGCACAAAUUUUACUUCCAACAGUUGAGUAUUUUAGCUUUCACUACCUACACUGGUCCAGUGGUAAUAAUUUUUUUCAAGACCAUAUUCUAAAUAUACGGAGUAAACCAAGUUUCUCGCCAUUUUUCAGUUUUUUUUAAAACUAAAUGGCGAAAAAACACUGUUUUGAAAAUGCCAAAAAAAGACUCAUUGGAAACUACAUUUUUGGUAUGCUUAGCCACGCGGGAGAAAUGACAUUGGCUGAUUGGUUGAGCUCAACUUCAAUCUUAAACACAAUGUUUAAAAAUCUCUGAUUACAUUUUAUUUCCUUCAAGGAUUCCUCGUCAAAAUGUUUCCUAGCAAUUUUGAGUCAUUUUUUUAGACUGAGUGAGGAUGGUUUCCAAAAAAUUUUCAAUACUAACUGUUGACUGUUGGAUAGUUCUCCUUUAAAAAAAUAAAACAUAUGCGGAGACUAGAAAUAUCACAAUCUGAAAUACACAUUUUUUUUUUAAUUUAGAUAUUGACAUGGUGUGAACCACAAAUGAAUUUAAUGGUCUUGCUGUGGGCGUGUGCUCUAGGGCCUUACCGGUAUGAAGAAACAAGACUUUGGAUAGAAUCUAUCUAUCUGUGAGGAUUACGCUCACAUGCUGGUGAACUGGAAAAAGAAAAUGAAAAUGUUAGGGCGGAGAUGCAUGGGCUAGAUGAAGACAGAGCUGAUGUUAUAGCCUUCUUGAAACGGACCUUGCAAAAGAAAGUAGAUGAGAAUGCUGAACUGAUGAAUAGAAUUCUAGCACUUGAGCAGGCCAGAGAGGCGGAGCAAAGUGAGUUUCAACAAACUAUCACACAGAAAGAUAAAGAAUUCAAAGAAAUGUUUGAGCAGCUGAAUGCAGAGAUCAAACUUUUAAACGGGAAACUGAGUUCAUUGGAGGAGUUCAGAAUUCAAAAAGAAGAUCUGAUGAAUAAAUUUUCUUGUCAAGAAAAAAUGUUUGAAGAUCAAGAGAUCAGACACAAGAAGGAACUUUAUGACAUAGAGAGAAAAUUUAUUGUGAGCAAGGAUCAACUGAAAAAAGACGUCGAGGUGAAACUGCUGCAAUUAUCUUUGGACUUCCAAAAUGCAACCCAAAUGAGAGUUGCCGCAACAACCCAAAGAGUGAUCAGAGAAAAUAUUUCGAUGAAUAACGAGCUGGCUAUUCUGAUAGAGGCAUGGAAUGAGUGUAUGAAAAAAUUAGAGCAUCUAAAACGCCAAGAAAAAGAGUUAAAAUUAAGCUUGGAGAUCGUGACAGACGAAUCACUAAAACUCACAAAAUGUAAUAAAAUAAAGAAUAAGGUGAUAGAUGAUUUGACUGAAAAGCAUCAACUUCUGAGUGAACAAAACAAGGAAUAUCAACGUUUGGUGAAAACAACCGAGUCACUGAAGCAUGAAAAAGAAUCAGUUGAGAACGAGAAGAGAUUUGUAGAGAAGGAAAAAUACAACAUUGAGGAACAAUUGAAGAUGUUAAAAAUGGAAAAUAAUCAACAGAAAAGCGAAUUUUUGAGGAUUAUAUCCAGGAACUACCUCCUUGAAGAUACAAUUUCACAGGCGGUCCGUGCAGUUAAAGAAGCAUUUAUGAUUCAACAAGAACCCACAAAGGAUCAGGCUCUGAAUGUGCACAAGAGAGGCACAUUAUUACGAACUUUGCUCGACAUAUUUGAAGUAGUUGAGGUCCCGCAAGACAGAGCUCUCAGUACUUAUCGAACCAAAGAGCAGCCACCCUUGCAACCAAUCAAGAGCGAAGUACCACCUUAUUCUCUCGGUGAUCUCGGACUUAUUCCAAAAUCGAUACCAUAACUUGAAGUGAUGAUUGAAAUACUUGAAAAUACGGGCAAGAUGAACAUCAGGAUGGAAGAUCAAAAUUUAUUGUCUACUAGACUUCGUUUGUGAAUAUAAGUAUUAAAUAUAAAUGUUAAAA